CGCCCAAGCUAGCGCUUGCUCGUGCGUCAACACAACGAACUAUUCUGACGCGGUGCUGAUGCAGCGUAUGCGUGUGCGCGAGCCAUCAAGCAGCGAGCAGCAAAAACCUCAUCAAGCCCAGCAUAUGGGCCCCUGCAAACCAGCCUAAGGCUGCACACAGCCGCGGCACUCGAGACUCACUCUCACGAAUCGCUGAAGGAGCUAAAUCCAGCAUAGGCCGCUCGUCAUCUCAGAGCACAUGUCAGGAACGAUCGGAGCAUUCGGAGGUGUCACAUAGCCAUCGUAUCGGGCAAGCACGUGCUAGCUUUGACGCAAAGGCGUGAGGUGAGGCGGUGGCCACGACGGCAAGUCUAGCUGCGACGCAUUGAGCCAACGCGGAUGGAUCUUUGACAGCGCGUGCGAAGCUGGAUCAAGCCAUGCCCAGCCAUGGCAGAUUGAGCGCAAGAGGCAAAGCUGCAGGAGCUGCUGAUGGGUUGAGCGCACCGCCCGCUCUCCUAUCCGCAAAGCAGGUGGCUGCCAGGGCUCAAAAAAUCACUGCUGCACAGCUGCUCGAGCUGCUAGACCAUGACGAGCGUCUUGUACACGUAAACGACGCUCAAAAUGGAGCGCUACCAGACGAGUCUACGGUCAGCAGGGAGAACCUGAGUGACGGACUGUCUCGGACUUUGAAGAAAGCGAAUACCGAAUACACCCUCAUGGUGGCCACUACUGCGGGGCUUUCCGAUGCAGAGAAGGAGGAAACUUUCGCUCUUUUCCAAGCAAACAUGCAGUCGCACUACGAAGGAUCAGCUCAGGGUUGGGAACCAGCUGAGAAAAGGACCGAAAUAUUUGACCAUCAGUCCCGCUUCUUGAUUCUCGUCGAGGGCGCCCAAUCGUCUAUCACUCGACCAGCGGCGUUCGCGGUAUGGCGUUUUGAUACAGAAGAGUGUGAUCCGUCCGAUCCGGCGCAGCGUCGUAGACCAGGUCGCAGGAGAGAAGAAGAGAUCGAAGUGGCUUAUUGCUACGAGCUGCAGGUAUCCUUACCGCACCGAAAAAACGGCUUGGGCAGGUUUCUCAUGCAACAGCUGGAGCAUAUCGCUUGCAAGACUCGCAUGCGCAAAGUCAUGCUGACAGUCUUUAGCAACAAUCUCGAAGCCAAAGCUUUCUAUAAGAAGACCGGAUACUGGACCGACUCGAUCAGUCCCAAUCAAUGGUCUACAGAGAGCGCGACGUCUUUAGAUCAAAAGGAUGAUAACGAGACAGAGUACGAUUACGACAUCCUCAGCAAAUCUGUGGUACCGAGUACGCAAUGAAUGCA